UAAAUAAAUAUCUGUCUUUUCACCGUGUCUCCGUGUAACAAUUUCGCACUUUGUCAAUAUUUGGCAUUGCAGGUGCUACAAGUUUUGCGUGAACAAAUGAUUUAAGAAUUAAGGAAAUAUGUUAUCAAAUUAAAUAAUUAUUUCAUUGAAUUCAUCACUUCUUCAGUAUUUUAUUCGGUUCGUAAUUGCAAUGGAAGGGCGUUAAUAUUUGGAUAUUAUAUUACAGAUAAAUUUGAAGAGCACUCGCAUUUUUAUCAAGAUAUCACAAUGAAAAAAUUAUUUUCAAAAAUUGAAACCAGAAUCGACAAUACUUCUAAGGAAACGAAUAAUUUCAUCGGCAAAGUUUUUACAGUUGGUCGCCAAAAUGUAGUUGUUGAAGACGUUUUAGCUGAAGGUGGUUUUGCUAUAGUUUAUCUAGUAAGAGGAAAUAAUGGAUGUCGAUAUGCCCUAAAAAGAAUGUAUGUUAACAACGAAUCUGACCUCAAUGUUGCAAAAAGGGAAAUCCAAAUCACUAGCAGCCUCAAUGGCCAUAAGAACAUAAUAGGUUAUGUGGACUCCAGCCUCACCCCAAAAGGGGGAGGUGUUUUUGAAGUGUUACUUCUUAUGCCUUAUUGUCAAGAUAAUGUAUUAAAUCUUAUGAAAAGCCAUGGUAAAGCUAAUAUGGCUGAAUCAGAGAUUUUGAAUAUUUUUUGUGAUACUUGUGAAGCUGUCUCUAGGCUGCAUCAUUGUAAAACCCCAAUUAUUCAUCGCGAUUUAAAAGUAGAAAAUAUUUUGAAAAGUGAUAAUGGAAAUUACAUCAUCUGUGAUUUUGGUUCAGCAACAGCUCGAAUUCUCAAUCCUGCUGAAAAUGGUGUAUCAACUGUUGAAGAGGAAAUAAAGAGAUAUACAACUCUUAGUUAUAGAUCUCCUGAGAUGGUGGACAUGUAUUGUGGUAAACCAAUCACCACUAAAUCCGAUAUUUGGGCGCUUGGCUGCUUGUUAUAUAGACUCUGCUUUUUCACCCUUCCAUUUGGAGAAAGCCUUUUAGCAAUUCAAAAUGGAAACUUUUACAUUCCUGAUAAUUCCAAGUAUUCCAUAGGUUUACAUCAGUUGAUAGGUUAUAUGCUGGAACCAGAUCCAGACAAGAGACCUGAUAUUUAUCAAGUCAGUUCAAUAGCUUUUAAACUUUGCAAUAAGGAUAAUCCGGUUAAGAAUUUGAUGAAUUCCACAACACCAGUAUUAGAAGAUCUGCCUGUUCCUCAGUCUGAAUCAGAAGCAAAGAAGACAAUAAUUAAAUCUUCUACAUCAACAAUAAGCGGCAAAACCAAUUCGGCUCCUUUAGUUGAAAGCACAAGUGUCAUUCCUAGACAACGACCAAAAGGCACAGCUACAACGCCCUUGAACCUGAAGAACCUUCCUUUGAACAUCAGCCCCAGUCCAACAUCAUCCAAAAAAUCCCAAAGCCCUGUCGCUCCAACUGUUUCACCAUCCUAUUCAGUAAGUACAUCCUCUGUGGCUCCUCAAGGGAUUUCCCAGACCGCUUCCGAAAAUCCAAGCUUUGUUCCAGAAUUCCAUAAUCAACCUCCAGCCACCUUUAAUGCGGUGAAUUGUAGUGAAGUAGUCCAAGAUGAUCUGGACCAGUUGUUUGAGUCUGGUUACUCUGAUCCUUUCAAGGACGAUGCGCAGGCUUCGACUCCACCGUUCAAUCCUGCAGAAGCUGAAACAACACAAGGUGGCAAUCCAAUUACGAUUAGUUUAUCUAGUCAGAAUCAGAGAAACUUCGAUCUUGGAGAUGUAAGUAGUACUAUCAACAUUCCUCAUACCCCACCUUCUACUCCUACAAUGUGCGUAACCAAAGGACAUCGUAGGAAUAUGAGUGAUACAACAGCCUUUAAUAAAGUAUAUGCAUCGGAAACAACACAAUUUUUAGCUCCAUUUGACUCUUCAAUUAAAAGGUCGGAUGACUCACCAUCAACAAUGGAAGAUUACAAUACCAACAGUAAAGUACCGAUGGGCUCCUCGGUAUCUACCUCUAAUGUGAGCAACUUACUUUCGAAUACAGAAAAUAGAUCAUUAUCAGCAGAUGUUGCUGAUUGGAACCCUUUCGAAGAAGAUGGCUCUUUCAGCGAAAUCACAGAGGACCACAUUUUUGGGGCUGAAUUCGAUAAGAUUCGUAAAUGUAGUCAAACAAGCAUUCCAGGAGUAAUGUCAGGUGAUAAUUCUGCAUUAGCUGAAGAUCCUUUCAUUUGCGCUCCUUUUAGUCUUUCCAGUAGAACAAGAAAUAAGAAAUGUAAUCUUCAAAUUUCAGAUAAACAGUAAUUUUUGUGGAAUAUUAUGCACUAUGUAAUUAUUAUAUUUGUUGACAGUUAUAUUUAUUCUAAUUUUAUCUUGAUUAUUAUUAUUAUUAAUAUAUCUACUCAUGAAAUUUA